AGAAUGGCAAGCUCUAUGACCGUAGUUUGUAUCGCAUAGCCUUCGCUUGCGCACGCGGCGUUGCAUUGCGAAAUACUAGACACGACUUGUGAUUUUAUUUUGAUACUUUUGUCUGACGCGAUACAUGUGUUAAACUUGAUAAAGUGCCAUACAUUUAAAUCAGUCGAGAUGAAAAAAUCAACUUCGCUCAUAUUACUGGCGGUAUUAAUUUCGCAAACACAAUCCGCACCACAAUUUCUUACAUUCAAAGAUGGGAAAAUAGGAGUCAAUUUUGGCGGCUACCAUGCUGGCGUUGGAAUAGGCGGUCUAUUGGGUGGUUCAAACACAGCAGGGGGCUUGUUUGCUGAAGCUGGAACUCCUCAUGGCCAAUCAGCAAUAGCUGGUCUAGGGGGUGGUGUCGCAGGCCAACAUGGAAGUUCAUCGGGUGGAUUAUUUGCUGGAGCAACUGCGGGGAAUGGUAUCAAUGCACAGGCAGGUCUCGCUGGAGGAGUAAAUGGUGAAAGCUCCGCUGCUGGAACAGGAUUUGCCUCGGCUCAAGCAGGAAAUAAUUACGCAGCCACUGGAAUGGGUGGAGAAACUUCUGUAGAGGGCUCUUCAGGAUAUUCUUUCACUAAAGAAGUAAAACCAAUACAUAAAAAAGUAUAUACUGAGAUAAAUGUUGACUCAGCUAAUGAAGUGCAGCCAGCUGUUGAAGUAGAAAAAAGAGUAAUACACGAGACCGUACACCCAGUCGUCGUAAAAGAAGUACAUGUUGCUCCUGAAACCAAAGUUGUAGAAAAGGAAAUUAUCCAUACGCACUACAAGCCACGAAAACACCAUUUCCGUAAAACAGCUUUUAUCGGUGGUUAUGUAGGAGGACAAGGUGAUAUUGUUGGACCUCCAGAAAUCCAAAAAAGGAUUGACGUUGAUGUAGACUCAUCAGCAUCUGCAAAUGCUGGCGUAGGCGUAGCGGCAGGAGGAAGUGUUAAUGGUGGAGUUGGGACAACUUAUACUAAAGAAGUAACUGUUCAUAAAAAUCCGACAUUCUUUGCAGACAUAUUGAAUAUUCCCAUUUCUGUUUUAAAGUCUGUGGGUGACUUCCUUGGGAAUACAGCGGCAAAUACACACAUUUCAGUAGACAAAUCUGCUCAUGUACAAGCAGAAUCUGACUCCAUAUCACCAAAACAUGAAUCAUCAUUAUCAUCAUCGCCUUCAUCUUCGUCAUCAUCAGCGCAUAUAUCGGUUGAAACACCGAGCGCUUCACAAUUCUUUGGUGACAUUCUUGCUAUUCCAAUUAAUACGUUGGGCGCAGUCAACAGAUUUCUCGAAAAUAAUGUUUCGGCAAGGAAAACUGUACAGGUAUCUCAUGAUGGAACUGUCGAGCAUUCUAGGGUCAGACGGGGUCCAGGCAGAAGGCGAGCCAACAAGCACGUAGUUGUGGUCAAGGAAGAAACGCCCGUAGAAUCUGUAGCAGAACAAUAAGAUAUUUUCAACGUUAAGUUUUAUACCUCUAUGUACCUGGGUUUGUACUUUGUACAGUUAAAU